GGUAGAUCGAUUCUCUUCGCUUUCUUACGCGACCCUUUCCUUUCUCCUCUCACUCCACGCAGAUAGCGGGCGGCGGGCGGCGGGCGGCGGGCGGCCGGCGGCCGGCGUACGAUUGACGAAGGGCGCCCUAGAAGUCUCUGGCAAUGGGAGCCGCCACUGGAGAAGGAGAUCGUGAAACUCUUGAAGCUGUGCGGUCGGUAGUGUUCAAGCCGUCCGAGACCCUAGACGAGGAGAGAUUCCCGAGGAUCAGCGGCUAUGAUUUCAACCGUGGGGUGGACCUCAUGGGCCUCCUGCGUUCCAUGGCCACCACUGGAUUCCAAGCAUCCAACCUCGGAGAUGCCAUUGAUGUUGUCAAUCAAAUGUUAGAUUGGAGGCUUUCCCAUGAGGAGCCAAGAGAAGAUUGCGAUACAGAGGAGCUCAAUCCUGCUUUUAGAGAAACAGUCAACUGUAAAAUUUUUCUAGGAUUUACUUCAAACCUUAUAUCUUCUGGCAUUCGGGAGACCAUCCGGUUUCUCACACAGCAUCGAAUGGUAGAUGUUUUGGUUACGACAGCUGGUGGUAUAGAAGAGGACCUUAUAAAAUGCCUUGCGCCAACAUAUAAAGGUGAUUUUUCUUUUCCUGGUGCUUAUCUGCGCUCAAAAGGAUUAAAUCGAAUUGGGAAUUUGUUGGUGCCUAAUGACAACUACUGCAAAUUUGAGGACUGGAUCAUGCCGAUUCUUGAUCAGAUGUUACUGGAACAAUCUACAGAGAAUGUAAUUUGGACGCCAUCAAAAGUGAUUGCCCGCCUUGGCAAAGAAAUAAAUGACGAUAGUUCAUACCUCUACUGGGCAUAUAAGAAUGGUAUUCCUGUCUUCUGCCCGGCAUUAACUGAUGGAUCAUUGGGGGACAUGUUGUAUUGCCAUUCAGUCCAGAAACCAGGUUUACUUAUUGAUAUUGUUCAAGAUAUACGUGCAAUGAAUGGAGAAGCUGUUCAUGCAAGCCCUAGAAAGACCGGGAUCAUUGUUCUUGGUGGGGGGCUCCCAAAGCACCAUAUAUGUAAUGCCAACAUGUUACGCAAUGGUGCAGAUUAUGCUGUUUACAUCAACACAGCACAGGAGUUUGAUGGGAGUGAUUCUGGAGCACAGCCUGAUGAGGCAGUUUCAUGGGGAAAAAUAAAAGGUUCUGCAAAAACUAUUAAAGUUCAUUGUGAUGCAACUAUUGCUUUUCCUCUGCUGGUGGCUGCAACAUUUGCGCAAAGGUUGCAGGAAGGGACUAGCACCAAUUAACCUCAGAGCCCAUGCAGCGGGGGUUGGGGGUGGUGUUUGGAUAUAGGAUUGUGGCUUCAUUUGCUUAUGAUCCUCACUGUUGCAUUUAUGUUUUCCUAAAUCUCGGUCAGCACUCAGUUAAUGCAUCCAAAUGAACAAUUUCUAAUUUGCUUCUUUUUGUUUCCAUGGUUUUUCCUUCAACAGUAGAGUCAUAUGGUAUUGGACAAUUUUCGCUCACCAUCUGUUUUUCCCUUUCCUUUCCAUGGUGGUGGAAUCACUCCCUACAAAAACAUGAAGUCAGAUAAACUGCAACAAGACAAAUCAAGCUGAAAUUUACUGAGGUUCUCACCUAUCCUCGUGGCUGUCAGAGUAUAGAUCCUCUAUUCUGCAGCGCGUCUCCACCACUAAAAGUGUGCUUUUGGCCAAGGCAAGCACUGGAGUUGCUGGUAUUGGCAUAUCUACUCGUUCAUGGUCCUCCCUGGAGAGGUGAAUCUGGUAACUUGUUCACCACGAUUGGACAUGAAGGCAUCACAUAAUGUUGUAUCUGAACAUCCUCGAGCAUCAAAACCAAAUGAUUAGCUUGUAAUUUAUUAUCCUUGAUCUGGCAACGCAUAUUUAGUAGCAUUUCUAAGUGCAAUAACUUGAUCUUUUCAACUGAUGAGGACUUCUGCAACUGGUGCAACGAGUUGAUGCUUUAUC